AAAUUUCCACGUAUCCCAAAACCCCACCCACCUUCAACCUACUUCUUCCCCACUCUUUCCUUUCCUUAUUUAUACCCCUUUCUCUCUCUCCUUUACCCCAUUAAUUCCUUCAUCAUUUUUCCAUCAUCAUCAUCAGAAACAAACUUCAUCAAACAAACAAAAUCACUUUUCUCUCUAUUACAAAAACUACCAUUAUGUCUCCUAUUGAUACCAAAAACAACACUUCUUCACGAAGAGUAAAAUUCAGACAAUUACUACAACAACAAUCAUCUGAAGAAGAAAAUGAAGAUCAUAUAAUACAACAAAGUCCUAAUCAUUAUUAUUCAAGUAGUAGAGGUAGUAACGCAUCUGUUGAAACUUUAUCUAGUAAUAGUACUAGUCCAAGAUUAAGCAGUUUUAAUUAUAGUACAGAUCAUGAUAAUAUUAUAUUUUCAUCUACUACAUCACCUUCACCUCUAUCUUUUAAUCAUAUUUCAUCUUUGUCACCUUAUCUUAAAUCUCCAUGGAUUAAACUAUCUCCAUUUUUAUACCCUACUACACCAAAUUACUCUACUAGUAGUAAUGUUUACAUUUCUAGAGGUAGAAAAUGUCUUGUUGGUUCUCUUUUUAGAGAAGAAGGACAUGUGUAUUCGUUAGCAGCUAAAGAUGGGAUGUUGUAUACCGGGUCGGAGUCGAAAAAUAUUCGGGUUUGGAGGAAUUUUAAUGAUGCGGGUGGGUUUAAGUCUGGAAGUGGGUUGGUUAAAGCGAUUGUUAUAUCGAAAAAUGAGCAAGUUUUUACGGGUCAUCAAGAUGGGAAGAUUCGGAUAUGGAAUCCGAGAGGAAAACGGGUGGGUACGUUACCGAAGUUUGGUGAUUAUGUAAGGAGUUCUAUGAAUCCGAAGAAUUAUGUGGAGGUAAGAAGACAUAGGAAGGUUCCUAAGAUAAAGCAUUUUGAUGCUGUUUCGUGUAUGAGUUUGAAUGAGGAGUUUGGGUUGUUGUAUUCAGGUUCGUGGGAUAAGAGUAUAAAAGUGUGGAGGAUAUCAGAUGGGAAAUGUUUAGAGUCAUUUGAAGCUCAUGAUGAUGCUAUUAACUCUAUUGUGGUGGGCUUUGAUGGGUUGGUGUUUUCGGGCUCGGCCGACGGGUCGGUGAAGGUGUGGAGGCGGGAGUUGGAUGGGAGGAAUGUAAGGCAUUUUCAUAUGAGGACUUUGUUAAAUCAAGAAAAUGCCGUCACGGCGUUGGCGGUGGUUGACACGGCGGCGGUGGUGGCGGCGGCGGCGGACACGGCGGCGGAGGUGGCGGAGGGGAGAGAAGGUGGUGGUUGUGGUGGUGGAGGUGGGUGGAUGUUGUACGCGGGGUCGUCGGAUGGGUUGGUGAAUUUUUGGGAGAGGGAUGAGGAGGAGGGGGUGGUGUAUGGAGGGGUGUUGAGAGGGCAUAAGUUGGCAGUGUUGUGUUUGGUUACGGCGGGGAAUUUGGUGUUGAGUGGGUCAGCAGAUAAAACAAUUUGUGUGUGGAAGAGAGAAGGAGAUGGGGUCCACUCUUGUUUAGCUGUUUUAUCUGGUCAUUGUGGGCCCGUUAAGUGUUUAGCCGUUCAGCAAGAUCACAAUGACGACGGCGACGAUGAUGAGAAGGAUCGGCGGGGGAGCGAGUGGGUGGUGUAUAGUGGUAGUUUGGACAAGUCCGUUAGGAUAUGGCGGGUAUCCGCGGAGGUGUUGAAUGAUAAAGGGUACUAAUUAUGGUCAAAAGAAAAAGUCAGUGUAGUAUACGCGCCACAGUACAUGGCGAGGUGGAUUUUUGUUUUUCGAGAAGGCGAGUGAAAAAGGCGGAGGUGUUGGUACGUGGAAGUAUCGGAAAGCGAUGGUGACCGACCCCCCCUUCUUUGCAAGUGCGGAGAACGUUGGGAAUCAUGGAGAGCCAAAGGAAAAAUAUAUGGUCAUUUGGUCCCCUUUAGCAAGGUUACAAAAGUUACAAUUUAAUUUUUGAGAGGGAUUUGAAAACAUGCAACAAAAAUUGUAUAGUAAUCCAAAUUAAGAAUUUCCUGCCAAAAUUGAUUGGUAUUGCAAUCGUUUUCUAGUUAUUAUUGCCAUAAACGAGAAGAAACGGCAAAUGUUCUUGUCUAUUUUAGGAAUCUAGUAUCAAUUUGAUGUUUGUACGUGAAUGUAUAGAUAACUGUUUUUUCAUUACGUUUGUUCAUUAUACUACUAUAUAAUAUCAAAAUAUGAGUACUACUAUACUAUGUAAUUAUAUGCAUA